AAGAUCAAAAAGAAAAUGCCGGAGGCACGUCAGGGAUGUAUUACAUAUGACAUUCCCUCAAGAGGGAAAUAUGAAGGUCUACCGAUGAAAACUUUUUAUUUAAACAAUGAAAAUGGAAGCAAUUGGAAGAGUGACUUGAGCACCAAGGCACUUCAACCCAUAGAAGUUGAUCAGUCGGUGAGGAGAAGGACCAAGAGCAGUCGCCUGAUAUCCUGUUGCUGCAUGCGCCACUCCACGCGGACAGUGGAGGAAGUGAUCCAUUUGGAAGGGGAGGCAAUUAGUGGCGAUCAGCAGGUGCCGCACCUUGGACCACUGAAGCUGUCCAGCUCCUUGCCCACCACUCCACAGUUGGGACAACGGGUGGUGCGAGGACGUGGCUACAAGAAGCUCUCAUGGAAUGACCAGCCGGCCCGGGAACCAUCCAUAUCAAUGAUCGCCCAGGGCCAGGAGGCCAGGGCCAAUCCGCCGCUCACCUAUCUCAGCCACAACAACAACAAUAACAAUAACAACAACAAUGAUGAUGAUGAGGAGGUGUACGAUCCCAUUGCCAAAUACUUUGCCAACACGCAGCAUCAAAAGCUAUCUCCUCGCAUCGCUGCGAAAAGCUCACGGAUUCUCUGCGAGAAUUGCUGUGGGGAGAGGCAGCAACAAGUUGGCAGCUCUAUGGACCGCCAAAAGCAACAGCAGCAGCAGCCGCAGCAACAGCAACAGCAGCAACAUCAUCAGCACCAGCAGCAGCAACAGCUGCCGUUUGGGGACUACGAUUCAGUGUCCGAUUUGUCGUCGUUUCGCUUUGUCUUCGAUGGGGAGGAAGUCGAUUCCACGAGGCGCGUAUUAGUCGAUGCUCAUUAUGAGGAUGCCGCUGACGAUGACGAUGACGUUGCGCGGCCGCCGGUUAUAGAAAUAGAAAAGCGGCAGCCAAACACAUCAACAACGAAAACGGAAAAAUCAACAGUGGCAAUAGCAACAGCAACAUCGUCUUUGGGAGACGCGUCAUCGCCAGUGUUGUCCCUGUCAUCCGAAAUCAGCGACGAGUCACCAGCAAUUUGUUGUUAUACAAUUGACAAAAAACUGUCACAGCAGCAGCAUCUGAAGCAGCAGCAGCAGCAGCAGCAACAGCAGCAACAUCUCAACCAGCAGCAGCAACUGCAACACUACAAUUCCUGUGCCACCGUUAGCCAUCGAAGCUAUCGCCAUCCGCCACCAGUUCCUCCAAAACCGCGUGUCUAUAUAGACUCUUCUGUAUCCGAUGAACCAGCUCUGAAGACCCGACGUUUGGUCUGCCAUCAGCAGCAGCAGCAGCAACAUCAUCAUCAUCAUCAUCAGCCACCUGCCAACUCCCCUCACUAUCCUCCUCGAAUCUACCCCGCCAACAGCUGUUGCCUCCCCAAGGAUUACAAUCCCUAUGCCUUCGAGGGAAACUUCAGCAACAACAUCAAUUACAAUUGUCGUUUCGGUUCAAGUGGGGAUUGCACUUGGGGAUUGGUGAAGGGGCCGCGAUCCCUAUGCUAUGAUCGACACGGCCGCCUGACCUUCGACUCGGAACCGGAACCGGAAGUGGUGGUAGAAAAGAGCAACGGAGUGCAGAAGUCCCUGAGUGAAUCGCGUUUGCAAGUACAAUAUUACGCAGAGCCCAAAGUUCCUUACGAUCCGUAUACCGACUUAUCGCGUGUGACCGCGAAUGUUAUAAACCCCGAAAGAAGCGACCGGGAAAGUACGUUUUCUCUGCCCCUGCAACACAAUCGUGAGUGCAAUGCACUGACCCAAGUGAAUCCCAUAAACUAUAAUCAUCUAAACCAAGUUAAGCGGAACCAUAUACUCCUGCCCUGUCACUGCAAUUCCCAUGUGGAUGCUCCAUACGAGGUUAACAAGGAGAACGGGCACACAAUGGAGAAACGACGUAAUACCCUGGACCGCUUUCAGCGCCUUGGUUUUGGACGUAAAUCAUCACCAGCUGCCCCAGCCUCCACCUCCGCAUCCACGUCCACGUCCUCUUCCUCGCCAUCCACUUCCGGUCCGGAGAAGCAGCGCAAGACUUCGGAUCGCUCGGAGCGUCUGCGCGAGCUAACAGAACUUUUGCGGGGCGGAGGAGGUGGCGGCAGUAGUUCCCGCGCCUCCUCCACGCCCACUCCGCCACCACCGCCACCGCCGCCACCAGUGCCACCGCCUCGAAAGCCCCGGACUUCCCACCUGGAGCGCCAGGAUACAGGUGCCAGUCACACUUCCGAGUCGGAGGCGGGCAGCAUUCAUCACAGUGGGGGAGGAGCAGGAGGAGGUGGCAGUCUCAGCACCGCAGCCCGCAUCUUUGCUUCGCUGCGGCCAAACACCAGUCUCUCCAACCUGGAGGCCUUCAUGCUGAGCAACCGCGAGAAGUCCAAGUCCCCGCCCCCACCUGCGCAGCAGAAUCAAAACCAUCGACCUGCGGCCAGCAGAUGCGUAGAUGCGUCGGCCACUGGCGGCAGUGCCAGUUUCGAGAGCACGGCGCUAGCAUCUCGGCCGGAUUCACGCAGUGCGCACCACAAGGUGGCACCAUUUCGCUCGGUUUCCUUUUCGCAGAUCGACUGUAAGUCCACGCUGAGCGCUCUAAGGGAUCGCCUCAAGCGGGACAAGGCCAUCGAGGCGCCCAGUCCCAGUCCUACGCCCUCUAAAGAGGAGGACCAUCAUCCAGAUCCCGGCUGGGUGCGAAUACCCCUGAAGAAGACCGAACUCAGCAUCAAUCUGAAUUACGGCCAGGAAAAGUCCCUUGAUCACGAAGCUAUCCAGGAGGAGGACAUCUUCAGCAACGAGUUGUCCGCCAGUGGCAGCUCGGGCAUCCUCUUUCCAGUGGCUGCUACUGCUGCCACCGCCAGCAGUGUGAUAGCCGCCCAUGCCACCAUGGAAUCCCUGACAGACACCAUUCAAUCGGAGAGCGAUUGCCUGAUCAAGGAGGAGGUGCAGCCGCAUAUACAUCCGGUCUUGGAGAUCACACCACCCACUUCCUCGGUGAGUGGCAGUGCACCCAAUUUGGCCACCUUGAUGGAGGAGCAGCUGCCACUGGAGGCACCACCGGAUAACUUCCUGCAGACAGCCACCACCUGCGAGAUACCAGUGCCCGUUUAUGAGUGUGCUGCCCAGGAAUGGCUGGAGACUCCGGCCCAGGAAUGGGUGGAGGUGGCUCCCGAGGAGUUUGGCAUUGUGCCAGAGACCAUACAGCCACCCAUUCCGCAUGCAGCCUGCAAAAUAUCCCAGACGCCCUCGACUUUGACCACAGCUGUGCGGAGUGACCUGGUGCCCACCAUAUCAGUGAGUCGAUCCUCCGAGGAGGGUGACGAGCUGGCCAAGAUCGAGGAUGUGCCGCAAGUGGAGGUGGCCACCACGGCUAAGAAUCCCUCGGUGGGGCAGCACUGCAAGCAGUAUAGCCACGAUGAUCUGGACCUGACCAAUGUGGAUCUGAGGAGCUCCCUGGAGGCCAGCACACCGCGGCACAGUACGGAUGAGCGGCAGAGGAGGCACCUGGACAAGUCCACCAAACGGAAGGGGAUGUACAUAGACAAUGCGGACUGGCAGGCUCCGGAGCCACCACAACGUGGCCUUGCUCUGGACAUUGGGGUGGCCAAUCUGAAUGCCAUUAAACCGGAAUCCUCGGAUGUGAGCACGCCCGGUGCCUCGCAUAUGUACAUCAGCAGUCCCCAGAGCUCCUAUUCCUUUGAACUGAACCCCGAGUUGGAGAAGGGUUCCCCUUCCUGGGGCAGCGGCGGAUUGGGACGCGACAAGGCCCAGCUGCUGAGCAACUUCAGCUGCCACAGCAGCGAGGAGAAGGACGACGCCUCCAGUCGCAGCCUGAGCUUCCUGCGCACCGACUCCACCUCGGACAACGAGUGCGACCGGGCUGCCAGGGAGCGGGAAAGGGAGCGGAUCACCUCGAGUCCCACGCCCAGUGGAGGCGACUACGACUACAAGCGAUUCUCGAAGCGACCCCUCAGGGGUCCCUAUGGCCAGAUGCUGGAGGCGGAGAUGAAGAAGCCCAACCGGAUGCACUUCGAGGAGAUCCUCGAGGAGCUGCGCGAAACCGACAGCUUGCACCUGCGUGGAUCGGCUCCUGGUGGGGCAGCUGGUGGCUGGGGUCCCUCCCGCAAUCUGCCGCAGCACUCCAACUCCAUGAGGGUGCGCAAGACGAGUACCUUUUUGCCGGUGCCAUCGCAUGCUCGAGCGGCUUCUACACCAUCGCAGCUGGAGCACACCAACAAGGCCAUUUCCGCGGCCACCGCCCAGAUCUCCGUUUCCGCCAAGAACCUGAGCGAGGCGGAGUUGGAUGACCAGCUGCACCACAUGAAGCGCGCCGCCUCCGAGGCUCCGGCCCCCAAGUCGCACCAUAGCAAGCGCAGCCAGUCGAUGAGCACAGAGCGACCCAGUCUGCACCACCAUCACAGUCAUGGUCACAGUCACGGCCAUGGUCACAGCCACAGUCACCAUCAUGCCGGCAAGCGGAGUAUGGAUGCGGGAUCUGGCGAUAAGGCAGGGAAGAAUUCUCCCCCUGCUGGAGCUUCGGAAUCUGGAUCGGGAUCAGCAGGAGGUGGCAAGGCGGGCCUGAAGCCAUCGCCCGCUUUGUUGGCCGAGCUGCUUAAAGGAUCCAGUGAGAAAAUGGUCUCCGAGCAGCGGAAGAAGACUAUAGCGGACACCCGCACUUAUGUGGUGCAAGAGAUCUACCGUAAUGAGCAAAUCUACGUGGAAUCCCUGCAGACCGUCGUUGUUAAGUCUAAAGUGCUCAAGGCCCCCGAGCAUGCCGGCAUGAUAGACACCCGCACGGUGGAUGAGAUCUUCUUCAUGGUUCCCGACAUCCUCGAGAUUCACGAGAAGUUCCUGGGCGACCUAAACCGACUGGAUGACUGGGAUGUCCAGCAGAAAGUGGGCGAUGCAUUCAUGGAUACGUUUUCGAAGCUAGAGGUUCUGGAGGUCUACACAUCCUUUGUGAACAACUGCAAUAGGGCCAAGAACGCCAUACGCUCCAUGAAGCACCAGCGACCCUCGUUUUCCAAGUUCCUCGAGUCCACAGCUCGGGAGCACAAGGGCAAGCUUACCCUGGACAAUCUGCUCAUCAAGCCUGUGCAAAAGUUCCCCAACUAUGAACUGCUCUUCCAGCGAUUGAUUAAGCACACCGAUCACGAUCAUCCGGAUAAGAAGCACUUGCAGGAUGUGCUCAAGCUGGUCCACGACAUUCUGGUCCACAUCAACUGCAAGGAGCGCGAGAUCAUGGAGAAUGGACAAAGGGAGGCCACGCUGCGGGAACGAGGCGUCAUCGAGGGCAUCACCGAUCUUAGCCCCGAGAGGCAGUUCCUGCUCUUCGACCUGGUAUCCAUGCCAUCGGGACAGGGGGCGCGCAAAGAUCGUGGCUUCUUCCUGUUCAACGAUCUGCUCGUCCUCACCAGCAUCAAGAAACGAAGCGGCACCAUCCGCAAGCCCAAUAGCAGCAUCUGCCCGGGCACCGUGGCCACCACCCUGGACAAAAAGUACAAGUUCCUCACCAAGAUCUCGCUGGACUGCCUGGAAAUUGUUAAAUCCAAGGACGAAAACAUCAAGCGCAUCGUCAGCGAAAUCGAGACUUUGGCCGAAGACUGCAAUAAACUGCAGCAAAUCACCGACAUAACCGUCACCCUUAAGUACCCGCAUCAGUAUCUGGAGGAUGUAAUCCGCGAGCUCCAUCGCGAUGUCCAGCGACAGCUCUCCGAGCGCCAAACAAACGACACCCAGCUGAAUAUGCUCGAGCUGACAGUCAGUUCUCCAAAUGGCAACCAGAAGCUGACCGUGGUCUUCAACAAGACGGAGAAGCGCACGCAAUGGGAGGGCUUCAAUGAGGCCAAGCAAAAGCUGGCUGCCACCCUGGAGCGACAUCCCAUUCCCGAGUUCCUCACCUCCAUACCCAUCCGCAAGACCCGCGCCGGCCUGCAGUUCACCUGUGCAGCCGCCACGCUGAGUGACAAUCGGGAUGUCUGGGUGUGCAACAGCGACGGCUACGUGGGUCAGGUGUGCAUCAUGUCCCUGCAUCCGGAACCGAAUGUCACCAGCUGCAAUGGCGUCUGCAAUGCCCGCAUCCUGUGCGUGGCCUCAGUACCGGCUUAUAGCUCGUCGGCCUCGAGUCGGAAUAGUAGUGGUGAGCAGUCAGGAUCCGGUGGCCAGGAGGAGAAGGACAAGCGGAACACUCCCCAGAGCUACACACAGCAAUUGAGGGACUAUCGCAAGAGUAUCUCGCCCAGCUUCCAGAGUGCCUCCGCAUCGGCAACGGCGACGCCCGAGAAGAAGAAGCUGACGCCCACGCCCACGCCGGUGACAAGUUGGGGUGAUCCUGCUGAUCCUGCGGCGACCACCGCCGGCGGCAGUGAUCCUCAGCUGGAACUGAAUCUGAGCUCCAGCGACGAUGAAACAGAGGCUGCAGGCGCCUCGCUGAACGUCGCCGGAGCGGGUACGGGAUCUGGAGGAGCUCUGGGGGAACGGGUUCCCAGUCCUGCGCCCUCAUACCAUGGGCAUCAGGACUCGAAUCCCGAGGAGGGCGAGAGCAAUCAAUCAACCAUGUGGAUUGGCACUGAAGACGGCUGCAUCCACGUUUACAAUAGCACUGACAAUAUUCGCAUUAAGAAAAACCGCAUCAAGAUCGAGCACCAUUCGGCCGUCUAUUCCAUUUUGUACCUGGACAAUCGUGUGUUUGUAUCAUUAGCAAAUGGUGAUAUCUGUGUUUACCUGAGAGAUGGUGCCACCUCUUGGAAUACUUGCUCUUCGCAUUGCCUGUCCAUAGGCACGGUUACCAGUCCGGUGAACAAGCUCUUGAACGUCAACGGACGACUUUGGUGUUCCAUUCAGGGCAUUAUCAAGGUGUUGGAUGUGGAGACCUUAACGGUCAUCAAUCAAAUACAGAUUUCAUCGGACUCGAAGCCCAUCACAAACAUGACAGUCUCAAACAAUCAUGUGUGGAUAUCCAUACAGAACUCAGCACACAUAAAGUGUUUCCAUUCCAAUACCCACCAACUGAUUACCGAAGUGAAUCUCGCCCCCGCCGUUAACAAGAUGCUUUCGAAUUGCGAUGAAAUCAUCCGGCAGCACAAGGCCGCCUGUCUGCGGGUCACAUCGCUGCUGUGCUGCAAGGAUCUCAUCUGGAUUGGAACCAGUGCGGGUGUUUUGCUCACCAUCCCGGCGCAGGGUUACGAGAAGGGUGAUAACAUUGUGCCAACAGGCAUUCCACAUGGUCACACGGGACACGUGAGGUUCCUCACCUUUGUGGAAACCACGGGAUUGGAGGGAGCUGCACCUGGGGAGCGCGGAGGUCGGGAUGCAGGCGGCUCCACCAGCGACGAGUACUCCAAACAGGGGUCCAUCAAGCACUCCAAGUCCAAGUCGGAGACGAACAACACCCUGAUCAUUUCCGGCGGCGAUGGCUACGAGGACUUCCGCAACUCCGGUGCCAACUCGCUGAGCGAGAUCGCCGGACGUGAGGACAGCACCAACCAUCUAUUGAUAUGGCAAAUUUGAAGCAGAAGGCGUAAAAACCGCUGGAGGCUCCUGCUCUCGCGCUGGAAGAACAACAACUGAGAUCGCCUCAGUGGGUGUGUCCUUUGGCCAGCGCUCGAGUGGAGAGCCCGGCGGUUUUUAUGGGCCGAGCAUUGAUCGAGAUCGAUAUCCAGAUCCCCCCAUCCCCCAGGAGAUCUGCAGCAGCUGCUAAGCUGGAAAUUAGUAGGAUUAGCUGACGGACAACUUGACGAACUGAGGGACAAACUGGACGGCUGUACAGAUGAAUUUGGAUUGCUCGCAGAUGGGAGGGAUUUCACCUGUUUGGCAUUUGAUGUAUUAUGUGACUUCCCCCAAUCACACCCGACUGGUCACCCAAACAGUGCCAAAACAAACACAUACGACUCCUGCGAUUUGGGAACACUUUCAAUGUACAUACAGAUCGCACCGCUGAAGAGGAGGGAAACCAACUGGAUUCCACAGCAAAAGUACGAUAGAUAUUUUUGUAUUGCUUAUAGCAGGCAGACUAAUUGUAAAUCUAAAAACCCCAUUCAAGUGUUAAAAGUUCGAGCCUAAGUUCGUUUGAAUUGAAUACAGGUCUAAGUGUAACAUAACAUUAAUCAUACAAAAUUGUGUACGAGUUUAUCCAUCUGAGGUUCUGAUGUUCUGAUGUUCGAUCCCCCCUGCCCUGCAUUAAUCGAAUUUAUAAACUACAAACCACUCAAGGGUCAUGUCACUUAUGUUCGCAUGUGUCUCUCCAAAACAAUGAGUACGCAUGCCCAGGAUAGGCUUGUAAAAAUAAUGAAAAUCGUAGUCUAAGCAUCUCCCUAUUUUUAUUGUAUACAUACGCGCGUAAUAUAUACAUAUACAUAUAUAUAUUGAUAACUAUACCGAUAACUGAUUAAAUGGCGUUUAUAAAGUUUAUUGUAAAACCUAUUUCAUGCAAGAGAAUUGAAUUUGAAAAUUGCAAAUUUUAACACAAAUACGAGUGAUAUUCAAGUUUUUGCUAAAGUUUUUUGGGCAUGUACAAAACGUUAAACCCACACUAAACACUCACACCACCCCACCAUCCUGCCCCACCCAACCUAUCCUAUCCUAAAUCUAAAUACUACCCACUAAAAUAAACAUAUAUAUAUUUUUUCUAAUUGAAUACUAAAUUGUAAGUUGUGCGCACCCCAAAAUCAAGCAACUCAAGCGACCCAUCAAUUGGCGGUCGUCGUCUCAAGCUCGAUCGUCUGUCUAAGGUAGCAAAUUGUAAUAAUUUAAGUAUGAAUAUAUUUCUAUGUUAUAGUCUGGUUGGUUAUUAACAUUAAUCAUUGUUCAGUGCAGUAUUUCAAGUGUAUGCUAAGCUCUUCCACCAUCGAUUAUCCCAACAACCGAAACCACUAACAACACUAAACCACAUCAACAUAAACCGAACCACCGAGCGCGGUUUCAUCUGUUAUUUGAGUGGCCAAACGCAUCCUAUGAAAUGUAUAAAAUGCAUUUUCUCAUAUUCAGUGAACAUCUGACAAUUGUUAUCCUACCUCUGCGAAUACCAAGGUGUUAAAUAUAUAUAUUAUACUCGAGGUAUUGCUCUCGGCCGACGUAGAAUGAUCCUGAGAAUGGGAUCAUCAGUAGUGGAUGCUGGAGCUGAAACAGGAGAAACUCCCUAAAUGAGCUGUAAUAAUAGAAUCUAAAACAAUAAUUCCCCCCUUUGCCAAGCUGCAUUGUAAGGUUCAAUAAUAAAUUGUAAAUGUGUUGAAGAAAAAUAAAUAUAUAUUACUUAUAUGGA